AUGCGAAGAACCAGAAGCACAAAAAACAUCUUCCCAUUCGAUCCUGAAAUUGAACGAACAAUUCAUAGGACAAGGAGAGAGUGGGAAUUUAGAAACAGAACUGAAGGAGAGUUGGACAUUCAAGUUCAACAACAACCAAGAGUGAUGGCAGGUAAUGAUGAACGAGCAGUUAUUGAAGCCGCAAGGCCCAGUUUGGCAAAUAUGACUCAGGCUAUUGUGAAGCCUGACAUAACUGGGCAUUUUGAGUUGAAACAAUACAUGGUGCAGUUGAUCCAAAGUGUUGGGUUAUUUAUGGGUUUACCUCAUGAAGAUCCACAACGGCAUGUUCAAAAUUUCUUGGAAAUUACGGAUACAUACAACUAUCCGAACGUUCCCAAGGAUUAUGUUCGGCUGACAUUAUUCUCAUUCUCAUUGAUUGGGGAUGCUAAGGAGUGGCUAAACAAAGAGCCUGCAAAUUCAAUCCGCACUUGGGAUGAUUUGGCAAAAAAAUUCCUAAUCAAGUUCUUCCCCACUAGGAAGACCAAGGUGCUAAGAAGCCAAAUUUUUUCUUUCGAACAACGACCUGGCAAAACACUUCGUCAGGCAUGGGAGAGAUUCAAAAAGAUGCUUAGAGACUGUCCACAUCACUGCCAAACUGACGAGGUAUUGGGGCACACAUUUGUUGAUGGAUUGGAUGAUGUUUCCAAAAUGAGUUUAGAUUCAACAUGUGGAGGAAGCUGUAUGGCCAGACCUUACAGUGAAAUUCAAACUUUGCUAAAUACCUUCACGGCUAAUGACAACAAUUAUCAAGGUGAAGGAGAUUCAAGGAGGGCAGUCAAACAAAAGGCAGCUGGGGUUCUUGAACUAGAUGAAGUUUCGGCUAUGAGAGCGGAAUUAGCAAAGUUAUCUAAUCAGAUGACGAGAAUGACCAUGGGACCAUCACAACCCAUGCAGCAGGUACAACAAAUGUCUAUUUGUUGUGAAGUAUGUGGUGAAAAUCACACGAGUGAUUCAUGCCUAGUAAAUCCGGAAUUCAUUUAUUUUGUUGGGCAACAAAAUAGAGGUCCAAUGAAUCAACAAGCUCAAUAUGGGAAUAACUACAAUCCAAAUUGGAGGAAUCAUCCAAAUUUUUCUUGGGGUGGAAAUCAACAAAAUUAA